UCUCACACACAUACACCCUCCCUCCCCCUUUACCUUGUUGCCCAGGAAACAUUCUGCAAGUCAAAGAUAUCUUCCCACACGCUAUACAAAAGGAUUCCCACACACUCUUUUCUACCAGCUGUGUCCUAGACUUCUUGUAUGUCGCAGUGUCGAUGACCUGAUCAACAGCUAAAUACCAAAAGACGUCUGCGAUAGCAGCUGGCACUUGCACCAGCGGUGCAAUGUCCAGCCCAGAUAUCGUAGAGCCAGCGGCUCAAAGCUCCACGGCCCAAAACCUGGCCAGAAGGCGCUUUUCGCGUGACGCCCAAGGUCUGAGUCCAGACGAGAUAGAUGGCCUCAUGUCCAGCAGCGAGGGCCGUCCCUUCCUUGUGGUGCAUCAUCUUCCUGAAAUAAAAGAUGAGGGGAUACCUCCCCUAAUGCCUGGGAUCCCUGUUACAUGCAGAGUGGAGAACACAGAGAAACACACUACUCGCUCAAAGGUCCAUGUAGGCACCCUAUACACAGUACAGCUAACACAUGGCCACUUCCACUGGACAGUGAAGAGGAAGUACAAGCACUUCCAGGAGCUGCAUCGAGACCUUUACAAGCACAAGAUGAUGCUUCACUUGCUGCCUCUGGGAAGAUUUACAAAGGAGAGGCAGCAGCUGAGAGCCAUGUCAGAGGAAAUGCCCAGCCUACACGGGACAGAACGCACCAGGAGGACCUCCAGCAAAUUGAAAUACCUUGAGGAGUACCUGAACGGUCUGCUGGAGAACUCAUUUUGUAGGAAUGAUCACAGCAUGAUGGAAUUCCUUUCUGUCGGAGCUCUCUCCUUCGUCACUGAUCUUGGACCCAAAGGCUUGGAGGGACCCAUCUUCAAAAGGUCAGGGGGUCACCGGAUCCAAGGCCUGAACUGCAUUGGCCAUCAUCAGUUCUGUUUUCGCUGGUCACGGCGCUGGCUGGUGGUGAAAGACUCCUUCCUGAUGUAUAUGAACAGAGACAACGGCCACAUCAACUUUGUGUUGCUGUUUGAUCCCGAGUUCAAAGUGAAAGUGGGCCGCGCUCACACAGACACCAGAUAUGGAGUUUGCAUUGAGAACUUCUCUCGGAAUCUGAUCAUCAAGUGCAGCAGCUAUAGACAGACUCAUUGGUGGAGUCAUGAAAUCAACCGGCUUGCAGAAACCUGUGACUUUCUCAAAGUGCAUCGCUUCGAGGGGUUUGCUCCACCACGGGAGAACACACUCACUAAAUGGUAUGUGAAUGGAGGUGGCUACUUUGCAGAUCUGGCAGAUUCUCUCGAACAAGCCAGGGAGGAAAUCUUCAUCACAGAUUGGUGGCUGAGCCCUGAAGUGUUUCUAAAGCGACCAGCCACUGAUAACUACUGGCGUCUAGAUGAAAUCCUCAGACGCAAAGCAGAACAAGGAGUCAAAGUGUGUGUCCUGCUUUACAAAGAGGUGGAGCUAGCACUUGGCAUUAAUAGUGAGCACAGCAAGAGGACUCUUAUGAAUAUGCAUCCUAACAUCAAGGUAAUGCGACAUCCUGACCAUGUGUCCUCUGUGGUGUUGCUGUGGGCUCACCAUGAAAAGAUGGUGGCUAUUGACCAAACGGUGGCUUUUGUGGGGGGGAUUGACCUGGCAUUUGGGAGGUGGGAUACCAACCAGUACCGGCUAACUGACCUUGGCUUGACGGCCAACAGUGUAACCGAUGGGGAGCCAAUAGAAGAUAAAGCAGGCAAUGGUGCGGCUGAUGGUCCUGAACCAGAUAAGCAAGCAGAGCGGGAACCUUAUGAUCUGACCUACAACAAUAAACUGUGGCUUGGCAAAGACUACAGCAACUUUAUCCGGAAAGACUGGGUCCAACUGGACAGACCCUUUGAAGAUAACAUCGACCGUACUCAAGUUCCCCGCAUGCCGUGGCGUGAUCUGUCUGCCGCUGUUCAUGGCGGAGCUGCCAGGGAUGUAGCCCGCCACUUCAUCCAGCGCUGGAACUUCACCAAGAUCUUCAAAAACAAGUACAAGGACGAGUUCUACCCAUACCUUCUUCCCAAGUCUCACUGCACUGCUGACUCACUCUCAUUCACUGUGCCUGAAUCCAAGAAGGCAAAAGUGCAGGUGUUGCGCUCUGCCGACCGUUGGUCUACUGGAACCUGUGAAAACUCGAUCCUCAAGGCCUACAUCCACACCAUCGAGAACAGCGAGCACUACAUCUACAUCGAGAACCAGUUCUUCAUCAGCUGUGCCGAUGGGAAGACUGUCUAUAAUGGGAUCGGUGAUGCAAUUGUGAAUCGAAUCUUGCGUGCACACAGAGAGCAGAAGAAGUACAGAGUGUUUGUGGUUAUUCCUCUACUUCCUGGAUUUGAGGGAGACAUCAGUGCAGGAGGGGGAAAUGCCAUCCAAGCUAUUUUGCACUUCACUUUCAGGACCAUGUGCCGUGGGGAGCACUCCAUCCUGUCAAGACUUAGUGAAGUUAAGGACCUGUGGACGGAGUACAUCACACUCUGCGGCCUGAGAACACAUUCCCAGCUCUCCCAGUCCCUUGUCACAGAGCUCAUCUAUGUUCACAGCAAGACCCUCAUUGCUGAUGACCGCUGCUAUAUCAUUGGAUCCGCCAACAUCAAUGACCGCAGCAUGCUGGGCAACAGAGACAGCGAGAUGGCAGUGUUUGUGGAAGAUGAAGAGCGUGUCCUUUCUAUCAUGGGAGGGCAGGAGUACCAGGCAGGACCCCUCACCCUCGCCCUGCGUAAACAGUGUUUCAGUGUUCUUGUUGGAGCUUCUUCAGACCCAAGUAUCAAUGUUGAUGAUCCAAUCAGCGAUGAAUUCUUCUUCUUGAACUGGAAUGCACCGGCUAAACUGAAUGCCACCAUUUAUGACAAGGUCUUCAAAUGCCUGCCCCACAAUUCUGUCCACAACAUGCGAGAGCUGAAGGAGUACUCCAGCAAGGAGCGCCUCUGUGACACAGACCCAGAGCAGGCCAUAGAGGAGCUGAAGGCCGUCCGAGGGCUGCUGGUCCACUUCCCCCUGAGGUUCCUGUGUGAGGAGAACCUGCUUCCUCCACGGGGCACUAAAGAAGGCAUGGCUCCUGUCGGCCUGUGGACAUAACCACAGCUCAGCCCAGAUCAGACCACUAUGUAACAGUUAAAGGGCUGCUGUAAUGUUCAGCACACUACCCUAAAGUAGCACUGCCACUCCAACGGUGAGGAAAAGACAACACUGCAACCCAAGUUCUUUGUCCAUCGUUGAUGUUUUUUAUAUUGUCUUUUUAACUGACGAAUAGCUAACCUCAACAAAACCACUGAAAUGUAGAUUUUUAUUAUGAUUUAGAACUUUAGAAAACGAGUAGAUUAACCUGAACUGGCCAGUUUAUUCAUGAUGAUGAACUGUCUCAUACCUUGCACUACAGUGCAGUCUGAACUGCAUGGCUGGCGGUGGUGUUAAACACUCAUCAAUGCAUGUAUGAGUCAGGAGAGGAUUGCAAGUUUGUAUUGGAAAUCAAGCCUCUCACAUGAUCUGGGAACAUAGUGUACAUUUAUUGGUGCAAGGUUUUUGGGCGGGUGGCUCUUUCUCUUUCGCUUUCUCUCUCUCUCUGUCUCUCUCUCUCUCCCUCCCUCUCUCUGUCUCUCUUUCUCCAUCUCUCUCGUUAUAUUUCUUUCUCUCUCUCUCUAUCUCUAUCUCUCUCUCUCUCUCUCUCUCUCCCCCUCUGAGGCUUCACCUCUUACUGCAGUACCAGCAAAUCUGUCAGAACAUUUGUGGUUGUUAUGGUGACGGAUAUAAAGAGGUGACUGGAAUGGAGCUGGUGUACUAGAAAAUCAAAAGUAGUAUUGAAAUCGGACUAAUAGAUUCUGUGGAAGCAAAGUCAUUUUAAUAUUUUUGGAUGGAAGAUUAGGUGGGAAAACUGUGAGAAGGGAAAGAAAAGGAGGAAAAUAUAAUUAAAGGGUGUUAGGUUGAUUUACCGUUAAUUGUUAUGUCUUUUUAAGGCACCAUGACAACCAGAUUAAAUUAUUAUUUCACCUCCGUCAGCAGAACAGAACAUUCCACUAUCCAGGUGCCAUCAAAUUUCUCGUAUAUUGAUAUUCAUUUACAUGCACCAGACUUUUAUUUAGGCAUUACAUUUGGCCAUAGCUCUAUAACUGAGUAGCGACAUAAUGACUUUCAUUCAUGGUGCAAUUCCAAUUGAGCAACAUUGAGUCAUAGGUUUAGCCUCACACCUCAAAUAAUUUUAGUUUUUAAAAAAAUAUAUAAAAUCACUUCAAGAAACCUGCUGAAUUCCCUUUACUGAGCCACGAGGAACUGGAUCGAGCAAGUCUUGUACUGGACCAAUAUGUAGCAUCCCCCUUUUUAAAUAUUGCAUUGACUGAUUUGGAAAUAUGUAAUAAUUCAGCAGAACAUACAAUAGAUGCUCCUUUCCUCAUAUAGAAAAGCAAGACCUGGGUUACUUUUCUAAUAACAAAAUGUGAUGCAUGAUUCCUAUGCUGUAAGAUAUGGGUGACAGAAAAAGAUUUUGACCAAGGUGGGAGGAAAAUGAGUAAGUGCUGUAACCUGAGAUUGAACACUUGAGGAAACACAAUGUUUACAUGUUUGAAGGUAUUUUACAUGACAAACAUCCAUGCCAUGUUUUAUCAGGUCCUCUGCAAAGCACUUGUAUCAUAUCAAGGUUUUUAGAGUGUUUAAAGAUCAACCAGCAAAGAGGCAGACAAUAGGCAGUAUAUGAAGCUUUUGAAUGGGACUUUACUGAAUGUUUUAUAUUCCAAUAAUAUAACCAACGCUGGUGAUCUCACUGGACUGUGUGGGGGUAAAAAACCCUGUUCUAUGUAUUUUAAAGAGACCUGAAUGUUAAUGGAGACGUGAAGUGAUAAUCCAGUUUAUAAUCCAAAAAGUAGAAAUUUUGCUGAAACUAUGACAGAGCCA